AAAGCAGAUGAUAUAGAAUGGAAUCAACGUAAAUCUAUCGCUUUUUUCCGAGGUUCACGCACAAAUGCAGUUCGUGAUCGUCUCAUCCUACUCGCGAGACGUUCUCCUUCGCAACUCGACGCAAGAUAUACCAAGAAUCAAGCAUGGAGAUCAGUUAAGGACACACUCGGUGAAGAACCAGCCAAGGAGGUACCCUUCGAAGAACACUGUAAUUACAAAUAUUUGCUGAAUUUAGCUGGUGUGGCAGCAAGUUUCCGAUUGAGACACUUGCUGUUGUGUGGAUCGGUUGUGCUUAACGUUGGUCACGAAUGGAUCGAGUUCUUUUACGAUAGGAUUAUCGUUAAAAACCGGGGACGGAGUUUCGUUGAGUCGCAUUUGCGCGUUGAUGAUGUGUUAUGUUAUUGGCGACUGUUACUCAAGAACUACUCAAAGCUGAUCACUUACCGUAUACAACGAGUGUCUUCUUUCAAGCGAAUACUGUAG